AUGUCACAACAACAAAAUGCAUAUACAAAAGAACAACAACAAAAGACAGAAGAUUAUAAUGAUGCAGCAUUUGGAUAUUGGAUAUUAUUUACUCUAGCCAUUGUACUCGUACCAUCGACAUGGUGGGCCAUUAAAAAGAUCUUUCCCAAAAAGACUGAAAAGCACAUCAACUGUAGUUGUCAAGGUUGUCACAGAAAGCAUGAUAUUCGUGUUCAACAAGAUCAACAAUCAAGAAGAUCCAUUGCAACCUAUAUAAAGUUUGUACUCGUUGCCAUUCUUUGGGUUGCAUUCUUUGUUAUCCUCUUUAAGGUUAGUUCAUUUGGUGUUACCGAAUCUGAACCUUAUAAUCCUUUUACUGUUUUAAAUCUUCAAGAUGGAGCAAGUGAAGAAGAAGUUAAAAGAGCAUAUAGAAAACUUUCAUUGGUUUAUCAUCCAGAUAAAAAUCCAAGUGAUGAAGCAAAGGAAAUGUUUAUUGGUAUUUCCAAAGCUUAUGAAGCACUGACUGAUCCAGCUGUUCGUGAAAAAAUGGAAAAGUAUGGUAAUCCAGAUGGUCCACAACCAAUUUCAAUUGGUAUUGCUUUACCAAGUUGGUUAAUUAAUAGAAAUAAUUCUGGUAUCGUUUUGACAAUUUAUUUAAUAGCAUUAGUAAUAUUAGUACCAUUAUGUGUUUAUUUAUGGAAUAAGAGACAAAAUAAGAAUUCAGUAUUGGAAGUAUCAAAUAAUACAAUGGGAUUAUUUUAUCAUGUGAUUGAUGACAAGAUGAGAUAUAAACAAAUCAUUGAAGUGGUGGCAGCAGCACAAGAAUACAAGGACGAGUUUAUUGAAAGACCAACCGACGAGGAAGAACUUAAAAAGGUUUUGGCAGCUGUUCCAGCCGAGUACAGAGUCAAACAAUUUAGAUUCAAUCAAAAUUACAUCUUUAAAAACACCAUUUUACUGUAUGCUCACAUUUCACGUAUCCAUCAACAAAUUACACCACGUUUGGAACAAGACCUUGAAAAGAUUUUACAACGUGUCCGUGUCAUGAUUAAUGGUGCAUUCCAACUCGUAAAGGAACGUAGAUUUAUCAUUCCCGUCGUCGAGUUGAUCAAGCUUUCACAAUGCAUUACCCAAUCGGCCUGGGACAACCAGCCACUCUUGCAAAUCCCACACUUUGACCAAACCACCAUUGCCGCUUUGGCCCAACAGAAAAAGGUAAACGAUCUAUCAAAAUUCAAGAAAUUGGGUGUCGAUGGUCGUCUAGAGUUUUUAAAGGCUGCCAACUUUACCAAUCAACAAAUCAGCGAUAUCGAAGCCGUCACUGCCAAAAUCCCUUGCGAUGUUGGUAUCUCUUACAAGAUUCAUACUGGUGACGACGAUGAUAAUAUCAUUUAUUCUUCUGCCAUUUGUACUCUUGAAGUUGAAUUUGUCGAUGCUACUCCAAAAUCAAAAGAAGAAAAGGAAGCAGAAAAGGAAAAAGAAAAGGAAAAACAAGAAAAGUUGAAAAACAAAAAGAAAUCAAAAGCUUCCUCUUCUUCUUUGGUCGAUAGAAAUGAUAUUGAUGGUAUUUUGAAAGAAUUGGAUGGUGAACAAGAUGAUGGAUUGGAUCCAGAGAAGCGAGCCAAAGCUAAAAAGAGAGCAGAAAGAGCAAAAAAGAUUGAAGAAAAGGAAAAACAAAGAGCCGAUAGACAUCAAAAGAGAAAAGAGAAAAAGGCAAAAGGUGAAGAUGUCUCUGAUGAUGAUGAUGAUGAUGAAGACGAUGACGACGAUGAAGACUUUGACGAGGAUGACUUUUCAGAUUCAGAUUCAGAUUCAGACUGGGAAGCUCCAGUUAAAAAAUCAAAGAAAUCGGAAAAGGCAUUUGUUCACUCUCCCUAUGUUAGUGAUGAACGUCCACUCUCUUGGUGGAUUGCUUUUGGUGAUCGCAACAAGAAUCAAUUGAUCGCUCUUGGUAGAGCUGAAAAUCAUGAACCAGGUACUUCUAUCAAAAUCCAAUUCCUUACACCAAAGGAACCUGGAAAAUAUACCUACUCUUUAUAUUUAAUGUGUGAUGGUUAUAUUGGUUGUGAUUCCUAUGUUGAUGUUAAUCUAAAUGUCAUCUUGAAUCCAAAUCCAAUUCAAUUACCUCAACAACAUAAUCAUCCUCAUCAACCUGCUGAAAGACAACAACAACAACAACAACAAAGACAACCAGCUGCUAUUCAACAACAACCAGCUCAACAACAACAACAACAACAACCAGCUGCUGCUGCUGGAGGUCAACCAAAAUCUGAUAAACCUCAAAAUAGAGAUGAAAAGAGAAAGGCUGCCAAGGAUGACUAA